AUGGACAACAACUGGUUUGGUCGUGUAGACAGGUAGGUAUAGGUAACAGAUAUUCUCGGAAUCGUAAUGCCAAAAGACAAGAAUAAUAUAAAUUAUUAUAGAGAUAAACACCAUCCCAUAAACGAGAUAACCGCCCUAAAGGAAACCCAAUCGGCUUAUCUGCAGUCUGCUUGGCUAGAAAGCGAUUUGCCACUAUAUUUACGGCCGUUGCACGAGUCCGCGUCCAGUAUAGUUUUGGAUACGGAACGGACAAUUUUCCAUUCACAGUCUACGAAAAUAGCCGCCGUGUUUCGUACAAUAGUUGCCGAUUUAAUUCGUUUAUUAGGUAUACAAACCUACAUAUUUUUUUUUUCAAAUAUACACAAACAAGUCCGUUGUUUAGUUUCAAAAUCCAGGUAAGCCGCGAAAUCAUUAUUAUGUAAUACACUAAUACAUACCUACCUAUAAUAAUAUUAUGUAAGCGCUGCGUUCUUUUUUCUCAAAAUGUGUUUCCAAAACUGAUAGGUACCUAAUAAUAAUAUUUAUUUACUAUAGACAAUAAUCAAAAUAACACACUACCCACGCGUUAUAAAUUUGAUUCAUACCUACUUAUACUAGGUAUGUACCUACAGAUAAUAAUACUAAUGUUAUUAUUAUUUGUUACAAUUGUGCCGAUUAUAUGCAAAUACUGAUAAUCUAAAAUAAAAUAUUAAGUAUUGUGUUCAAUACGAUUGUUAUUCUUAAAAAAUUAAAUUAAUAAUACAAUUAUAUUUUUUGUUCUAAGAUUUCAUAAGUUGUGUAGGUUUACAUUACAUUACAUUACAUAGGUAAUUUACCUAUCUACUAUUGUAGCUAAGUAUAAAACACAAUUAAUUUGUCCAUAAAAGUACCUAAUCAAUUUAAUACAAAAAUGUACAGGUACUCUUCAACCAAUCCUUGAAAUAUCGCUGAAUUUACUAAUGAACCUUUUUUUUUUGUCUAUUCAAUCUAUUCUCUGGUAGUGUAAAUGAGUCGAUUACAGCAAUUUAAUGGUCAAAAUCGUUCCAUAUCACUAGUGCUUGGAAGUUAUAAGAAUUGCACAUUUUUCUGUACGUGUACUGCAUUUAUAGCAGACCAAGGUAGAAAUACUUUCUAUACGUUGGAGAGUUUAAAAAUUGAACAUUUAAAAUGCAUAUUUUGCACAUUUAUUUAAUUUUAGAAAAAAAGUAUAUAUUUCGUCGGUUUUCAUUGAUUUUCACGUAUUUGUAUGCAUAUUUAAUAUUUUCUAAAAAAAUUGAUUUUUUUAGUCUUUAUAACCAAUUUAUUUAAAAUAAUAUUAAAUUUAAAACUAAAUAUUAUUUAACGUAGUUAUUUAUUGUUAUUUCUUACCUUCUCGGUCUAUUAUUAAUUUUACGACAACUGUGCGAUUUGUAUUUAAUCUUUAUCUUUUUAAUGUAUGUUAAUGAUGAUAUGUUUUUGAAUAAUAAAUUUAAUCAUUUUUUACAUAUAUAACAUUUUUUUAUGCAUAUUUUUAGAAUUUUUUCGUGAAUAUUUGCAUAUAUAUUUUGCCUUUUUUUUAACUACUACUAACUUCCGAGCCCUACAUAUCACCCUGAUUAACGGUACCCUAUAUGUUUUAGAUUCCGUACGCAACGUAAAUGUACUGGUUGUUUUGCUAUAAAGUGUGUUUUUUUAUUUUAUUACUGUGUAUUUGUGAACUACCUACCGACAAUUUUGUUCCGAUCAUCAACUUAUUCAGUGGUAAUUUCUGCUAUCAAUUAGCUGAUCCGUUGGGGAGGUUAUUUUUCGAUUUCCAUUGUAGUUAUCAUAAUAUCUAUCUUAUUAGGAAAAUUUACGCAAAACCGGAUUCUGUUAUUUUCGCUUUUGCUUUUUUGUUAUUUAGUUAAAAGUAGUCGUAGAAACCUGAAAAUAUCUCAAAAUACUUUAGCCCUUUCUAAACGUGAUAAAAUUUGUAUACCAUCUGGUGUUUUUUAAAAUAUUAAUAGCUAAAAUAGUAGAAAAAAAAAAAAAAACUAGGAGUGUGAUGUAGUAGUGUUUUUUAUGUGAGUUUUAUGGUCUAAUUUUUACUAAAAUCGUAAAAAUGACUUUAUUUCAAAAUAUAUAGCUGAGUAUAACUGAACUUCGCUCAGAAUCGUAUUUCGUUAGCAAUGGUUUAUCGUUGCUUAUUUCUAUAAUCAAAUGCGAUUAAAUACCUAACUUUAUGUAUCCUACCUUCUCAAUUUCCCACCUACUACAAUCCAACCAUCAGUAGUAUUAUUUUUUUUGUUUAUCAGCCCAUUGCCCUGAGAGAGCAAGAAAUGAAUGCUGCACUGCUUGAAUGAAGUUCAAUAUAACUAGGUACUGCACACAGGCCUCGUGAUCUAUUGCGGCACUGUCUAUAUUUAUGUAAUUUCGUUCAAUUUUUAAUUUACUCAUUGUACAAUCUCUGUAAAGAAACUUAUUAUAACUAGUACAAAGUGAAGGGCACAAAGUAAAAACCAGAAAAGUCACUUUUUUCCAAAAUGGUAUUAAAAAAUUUGUACUGAUGUGCCGUAUUUUUCGAUACCGGCGAAAAUAUCAGAUUGGUCGAAAGUAAUAAAUGCCGGAAGUGUUUAGACCUAUAGAAAAAAAACAGAUUGUCAAUUUAUAACCCGGGAAGUGUUAGGUUUAUGACACGGCUCUAUGACCUUGGUUAUUAAUAAUAUAAUAUGACAUUAUUAUGUUAUGAUUACUAAAUUUCAAACAUUAAACUUAAUUCGAACUUUUUAAUUUCUAAAAAAAAAUUGUUAUGUUUUUAAAUCAAAAACACAUUCAUCUCAGUUUAAAAAAGAGUGACUUUUCUGAUUUUUUUCCCAGUAUCCUUCAAGUGAUAUUAUAAUCAUUAAGGCAUUGUAUAUGCUUACAUAAAAUAAAAUAAAUUAAAUUAACUAGAUUUUAAAGAGGCAGGAAUUUAACUAAACAACGAUAUAUUUUUCUGUUCAUGGAAAUUCGUGUUUAUGUGAUUCAAUUUUUUUAACUUUUUUCAUAAUUUUUCUUUGAAAGACUUUUCAACGAAAUAUCUCAGAAUUUUUCACGUAGUGCCUUACACGAUACUUUAUUUUAAACACUUAUGGAAAUUCCCAACAGUUCAUCCUUCGCCCUUUUUUUUCUCGAAAAACACUUAAAAUAAUGCUCCAAUUUUUUUCAGUACUAAGUACUGCCUACCUAAUAAGAUGCCAAUUUUCUGAUUUUGGUUAGGUUAUUCCAAUUUGAAACUAAGACUGGCGGUAUUUUCGGUAUACCGAUAAUCGAUUAUUAGAUUGUUGUUCAAGAGUUUGAGAAAUAAUUUUAAUCAAGUUGUUUAACUCGUUUUCAUUUGAGUGUGUACGGUUAUCAAGUUUGAUUGUCAGUUCGUUUUGUUCAUUUUUCAAAUCUAAAAUUAAUAGUGGUUAUAAUUCAUAAAUUAAAUUGUUCGUUAAAAAUGAACCAAGUAUGGUCCGUUGUUUAGCUAUAGGUACUUCAAAAAAAAAAGUCUACUUUGGUCCAUGUAAACCAUAGUAAAGAUAAUAGAAUGUGAAAAAUGAAAAGGUAGGUAACAAACUGUAAUAUGAUAUGAAUUUGCAAUAUGAUUUAAAAAGUAAUCCUGUGUCAUUGUCAUUUAUUAUGUUAUCAUGAAUUACUUCUCGCACUUUAAUUUUUACCAAAAAUUCAAAACGCGUAGAGGUAAAUACUUUAUCUACUCCAAUAGUUUUUAGUAAAAAAAUGAAAAUAAAAUCUGAAUUAUUACAAAUUAUAUUUACAGUUUUGACAAGGUGGCUCAACCAUUACUAUAUUAUAAUGUAUAUUAUGUAUAAAUUAUAAUUUUAAAAUUAUUUAUGCAUGUGUUGAACCAUUCACCUUUAUUUGGGUCUUUAUUUAGAUCUUAAUACUGUUUCUGAAAUCUGAACAAUCUUUGAGAUUCUGAGCGGAGCGAGGAAUUUAUUGAUUUCUCAAUGAUGUUUUAUUUUUAUUUUUUUUUUAUCUGUGAGGUUAGGUUAGGUCUUGUUUAGGACAACUUGUCUACAAGUAAUUUCGCAUCAAUUUUUAAUUAUAGCGCUUUUUUUGAAAGGAAAUUUGACUGGCAUAGUACUUAAGAGAGGUCAUUUUUUUUUUAUUUUUCUAGUAGUUUUCCCAAUAAAUGGAAAAAACGGGAAAAUGUACGAAAUUUAUUCUUUUCAAUUUUUUGGUUUGUUUUGAUUCAGUUAAAAAUGGUUGUAGAGACUUCAAGUUUGGACAGAAAAUUUAUAUUUGUCUUUUCUCAACGUGGUAAAAUUUUCAAACCUUAGACAUCAUAAUUUUACAUGUUUUUUUACGUAAUUUUUGUUCGGGAGGUACAUAAGGCGUACUUUUUGGUAAAAAAAAAAACAAUUGAGUGUAAUGUAGAAUUUUUUUUUUGUUAGACUUUUAAUAUCAAAGUUUGCGAACAUCAUUUUAAUACAAAUUAUUUAGACAUUUUGUAAUGCAUGACUAUUAUGUAAUACAUCCAUGUACCAAUGACUAUUAUGCAUAUGUAAUUAUUUUACCAUAAUAUGACAUAUAUAUUGUUGACAAAGCAACACUAUUAACUGAACUUCUCUCAGAAUCGUUUUUCGUUAGCAAUGGUUAAUCGUUGCGCGCGUACAUUAAAUUUCCUAUUUACCUUCCCAACUUUUCGUCUACAACAGUGGCCCACACAUCGUGCGAAGUAUGUCGGUUUUUCUUUUUUUUUUUAUGAAAUAUUCAAUUAUAUAAAUUAAUCUAUAUAAUAGUUAGGUACCUAGUAUAAACACAGAAUGUAUGAAAGUGUAUUUAUUCUGUGAUAAAACCCUUAAUUUGAUAUGUAGGUACAACAUUUGGUGUGAAUAAAUUCUGUAUUAACUUUCACCCAAUUUACCUAUAAAAAAUAUAUUUGCAAUCUACAAAAGUGUGGCGAGACUAUGAGUGCGUUCGUGUAGCUUCUUAAAUGCUUAUCAACGCCACUGUACUGUUCAGUUUAGUAUUUGCUAGCGCUCAGACUACAACCAUGACGUCACUGAAUCUGAGCGCUACGUCAUCGAUCCGCGCUCACAAACGCUUAUCCCAUCGAAGUAAUGCAGCUAAGGCUCACAAGUUAAUCAAAUGAAAAUAGAUAGAUAAAUAGAUACAUCGAAAUAAUUGAUAACUCUUUGACUAUAUUUUCACCUAAUAAUAAAUUAUUAUUUUUUUGUAGAAUACGACCACGCUAUUUAGACUACGAUUUAUAUAAAUUUAUAGAAAUAAAAAUGUUUGAAGUACGUAUCAUUUUAACAAUUUUUAAAAUAACAUCGUUACAAUUAUAGUACCUAGUAAAAUUUACAGUUGAUAACUGCGAUAAUCGUACAAUCAAUAUGCUUAAAUUUGCGUUCGUCUUGAGAUCCACCUAACAAUGCUAUUUAGCUAUAUGUCUAAACGAACCUUUCAUAAGCGUGAGUGUUGGCAUAAGUACCGUAAGCCUUUAAGCAUGCUACACGAACGCACCCUAUGUUGUAUGAUUUGGAGUGUUAGGUAAUAGACAGAAAAAAGAAAUGAGAAUGCUUAGGUGGAUGAGUAGAGUGACGAAGGAGAUAUGAUAAGGAAUGAGUACAUAAGACAUAGCUUUGAUGUGGUUUCGAUAGUUGACAAAAUGAGAGAAAAUAGACCAAGAUGAUUUGGGCAUUUCAUGAGGAGAGACGAAUAAGAAGCACUAAGAAUUGUAAUGUAAAUAGAAGUAGUAGUAAAAAGAGAGGGGAGGAAGAUCGAAAAAAUAGGUAGUUGGAUGCGGUUGAGAAUAAUAAUGAUAGCGGGUAUACGCGAGAUGGCAGAUCAAGUUAUAAGGAAGUUUAGAACGAGGGUGGUCAAUCCAAAGCAGUUGAAUUAAAGGCUGAGAAGAAGAAAUAAUAUUUUAUAUUCUUAUUUUUUAUCAUGCUUCUUGCUUGCCCUAUUUUACCCAGUUUAAUAUUUUAGUAAUAUAAUUUAUUCCUAGUUUACAGUUUAUACCUAUACUUACUUAAUAUCAAUAGUAUAAUUUACUUAGUUAUCUACUUAUUAUUUAUUCCAAAAUAAUAAGGUUCUUUAUACUUGAUACCUACUUAUAUGCAUUUUCUGUUUAGUAGCGAGAAAAAUACAUACAUUUAUAUUAACAUUUUAUAUACAUACGUUCCUAAUACAUUUUAUUUUUAUCUAAAAAAAAUAUGUGGAGAAGUUGAGACAAAAAUAUCUAUCAUUUAAUUGUAUUUAAGUUAGAUAUCAAAUGCAAAAUAACGUUUUAUAAGGUUAUGAUUUUUACGCAUAUAUUAUCAUCCCUGAAUCAUUAAACGAUGUUUAUUUCGUUUCAAAUGAAUAAAUAUUAUGUCUCUACCUACUUAGUGUUCAUACAAAUAAAUGUUUGCUACCAAACAUCCAUUGCAUUGUGCAUACAAUUUCAACGGUAGGUCGUUGACCUAUAGCAAUUAAUAUACCUACUAUCUAUUUUAAGUUAAUUGUAAUUACGGAAAUAUUAGAUAAGGUUAAUAUUUUAAAUAAUAUACACAAUAUAAUGUAAUAAAUAAUAAUAUUUACCCUUGUGUGUCUUAUUUACAUGGGUAACUACUUCAAAAAUAAUCUCUGUUUACGUAUAAAAAAAACAUACUUUUCAGACUUGUGCCCCAGAAUUAUAGAUGGGUGUUGGUGAUGGUCAUAUAUUUAUGCAUAACGUAAAAAAAUAAUCCAUCUUACUAAUAUUUCAAAUUAAAAUUAUUUUUUAUUACGCACGUUCCAUGGAGGAGGGCUGCUAAUUAACCUAUUGUCGUUGGAUCCGCCAGUAGUUACGAUGAAAAUCAGAUCUUGAUAAUUUUGAUAGUAAUAUUACCGUAAACGUUAAAAUUUGAAACGUGAUAUUCGCUUAUUUUAAAUGUAAACCGUUUCAUACCUAAUUACCUACCUAUUUAUUAUUUGUAUUAUUUAUUAAUUUACUAAAAAUGAUUGCAACCUAAAUUAAAUUUCGAUUGUUUAGGUUAAUAUUCAUAAAAAAAAAUUAUUUUGAAACUAUUCUAAUCACAAUAAUAUAGAAACAUAAUAAAAUUAUGCAGUUAGACAAAUAAUACAAUGACAUUCACUAUCAGUAUAAUAUAAUUCAUUUGUAUAUCAUUAUUUUUAAUUAAAAAUAUUAAUUUAUAAUGUUAUGCACGUUUAAUUAUUAAUAAUAUUACUAUAUAUAGUGAAGCAGGUAAUUUAUGACCUUAUUUACAAUUAUGAGGUGAAGUGAGAAUAUAUAUAAUAUACCAUUAAAAUGACAAAAUAAAUGUAUCAAACAAUCAAAAACAAAUUAAUAUCUAUAUACCUAUAACAAUUUAAUAUUUAUGUAAUUACCUACUCGCCUAAAUUUCUAUAUAACAAAUUAAAUUCAAAUAUAAGUACUAUAGGUAGUACCUAAAUUGGAUACCAAGUAGAACAAUGUGUCAAGAGUAUAGUCGUCAGCAAAAAAUUAACUUGGCAAUUUGUUCAAAAAUUAAAAUUAAAAAGUAUAUGUACAAUUUAUUUUUUAGUGAUAUUUUGUACAUAAAAUAAACCAAUACAUUUCUCGCUGCGCUCAGAACCAAAUAAAAUAUAAUCCGCAUUAGUUGACUUGUCAAAAUUUAUGAUAAAAUUUUAAAGAAGUGCUUAUGUCCUUUUUUUUUUUUAGAAAAAGGGCUUUAGGGUAGUUGAUAGAAAUUUUUAGAAUAGGCCUUGGCACCUACCUAUAAAUAUAUUAUAAAUUCCGACUUAUCUACAUAAAAAUGUAUUAUUUAAUCUGAAAUUUGAUGUGGAAAAACAGCUAUUCUGCGGUGGGGAGGAGCUUGCCCUUCAUUAAACAAAUUCUGGGUGCUCUGCUGUUUUAUAAUGUUUUUUCUUCAUUUUCAACGUGUCUCUCUUCCAUCAAAUAUAAAAUAAAUUAUUCUCAAUCGUUAAAUUAUAGAUAUAACAUAACAUAGUAUUAUAUUAUGAUCAAAAUAUUUUAUUUAUGUACAUUAUUGUUUAGGAAAACCCCCAAUUGUAUUAACGUAUCUUUCAAAUUAAAGAAUUAUCAAUCUCUUAUCAAAAGAUUCUUUUGACAUUUUCAAUAAAGAAUAACGACUUAAUUUAUAAAAUAUUGGGCAAUAUUAUUAUAUUAUUUCUUUAUCUAAUCUGGUAUUAAACUGAUUAGUAAUGAUCGCGAUUAAUGAUUAACGAUUAGCAAUACAUUUUAGUAAGGCUUGUAGACAUUUUGUAUCGAGUAAUAAAUACACAUUGCUGAAAUUUUACAAAAACUUUGUCCAAAGUUUAUUAUUAAAUUAGAUCUGUAUCAGCAGUAUUAUAUUAUUUUCAAAACUCAUUUAUGCUGUCCGUUUCUUGGCAAUUAUAAAUUAUUAUUCUAGGUACUUAUUAACAACUCAUGGUGUGGCGGAUAUUUAUAACUUAUUAUAAUACACAAUGACGUACAACAUAAUAUAAUGCUAAUUAAUUGCACCAGAGUCAAUUAAUGGAAAACAAAUAUAUUUUAAGACUUGAACAAUCUUUAUAAACCAGUGGUUCCCAAUCUAUGUUUCGCCGACCACCUGUUUCGCGUGAUUGCAAAACAUAGUGUGUGGUCACCUUUGUCCGGAGCAGCACGUAAAUAAGCUAAAAGUUUUUAAUCCGAAAAUAUUACAGCCGAUUGUAAAAAUGCUAAACAAAUCAUGCGUGAUAAUGUCUCGGUGGCUAUCAGUUUAAUAUUCUAAUUUCUUUAAUUUAAUUUUUCAAUGUCAGCCAAUAAUAAUAUUAACGUAGUUUUUUUAUUAUUGUUUGCAAUUCUGUGAAUAAAAUAUUUAUGAUAAUUAAUUUAUCGACGUUCAAAUUUAUAUAAUUCAACACUUUCUGAUUAAAAAUUAAAAUAUAUCGGCACUCGGCAGCAUUAGCGCAUAUUCAGUCUAAAACUUGGGAGUGCUAAAAUUAUUUACGAUAGGAUAUCACGGGGGAGUUGCCCCUGACCCCCCCCCCAACAUACACGAAAUUUCAAAAUAAAAUUAUGUAUUACUUGUACCUUAAUAAACAAAAUUGAAAUAAUGAGAUCCGAUUUUCAAUAAUGAAUUUUUCAUUGUCUAAUUAAUAACCAACAAAAGAUGGCCACCUCCAGACCUCCUUAAAAAUAUAAAAACAAUUUAAUUUCAUUAAAAUGAAAUUAUUUUCACCUUAAAUACGAUUCGGCUGUUUUUAUUUUAACUUUUUUUUUUCUAUAACCGCUGUAGUCCGCGAGGCCGUACCUAUAAAAUUGAAAAAAGUACGCAAUAGUGGUUCUCGGAGUUAUUAUAUAUUUACCUACGCGUGUAUUGGUCAUAACGUUUAUUUUAUUAAUAAUAUUUAAUUAAUAUUAAUAAACUCUCAGGUAACGAACUAUAUAAUAAAUUGAAAUACUUGUAUACAGGUAUACUGUAUACCUACUUAUAUGUACAAUAUUAUUACUUAAAAUAUAUAAAAUAGCUAAACUACAUAACUUUUAGGCCCGUUAUUACAGUGUACGGUUAAGUGUCGGUUAACUUCAAAUUUAACAGGCAGUUGAUUCUUACAUAUGUCGGUUAAGUAAAAAGUAUGAUGAUAAUUUAGAAUGAAAAGCCAAACAAAACAGUAGAAACUGACAGAUUUCAAUAAUUUAAAAAACUUAUUAUGAAUCUUUAAGUUAUUUAUUAGGAUAUGUUGUAAUUCAUUUUCAAAUUUGAAUUCCGUCGACCACUAUAUUUCUAUAGUUUUGUCUGGAUUUUAGAUGUAAAUAGACUAGAAUAUAUACAGCCAAUAAUCGGUUUUUUAGAUUUUGAGUGUAGUGAAGAAUGUUUUAGUUUCACGAAGAUGUUUAUUUUUUAUUUAUACUAUAUAAAAAUUCUACCAGAAACCUUGCCCCGAAGUGUCUAGUAUAGCAUCUCAUCUGAAAGAGAAUUUUCUUAGGGUGGUACUCUAAGAAGGUAAAUUUUUGAUUUUCCCCGAAGUUUUCCCAAUAAAAACCGAAAAAAAAAACGGGAAUAUAGAUACAAUAUUAAACAAAUAUUAUUACAAAAAAUAUAUAAUGCAUAAAUAAUUAUUUUACCAUAAUGUGACAUAUAUUGUUUACAAAGUAACACUAUUAACCGAACACCGCUCAGAAUCGUUAAUCGUUGCACACAGAUAUACAUUCAAUUUCCCAUCUACCUCCAACUUCUCACCCACACCAUCGGUGGAUCCAGAAACUGUUUAUAGGGGUGGGGGGGGUUACAUUAUUUAUAUUUUCACUAAAUUAAUUAUAAUCUUUAUAUAAAAUAAAUAAAUAAAAACUGUAGUCCAUUGACAGGGGGCCCGUGCUUCUGUUCCCUCCCCUGGAUCCACCCCUGACCCACGACCAUUCAUCGUGUGAAGUAUGCCGGUCUUUUUUUCAAAUAUCAAAUUAUUAAUCAAUAAUCACGAUAUUGAUGACAAAUUAACCAAAAUUAAUUAAGUUGUCGACAUUGAAAUGGUUCAUAUUUCGAAUUUACUUACAAUAAGUGAAUAUGAUGUAAAAUAUAAUAAAAGACUGACAUACUUCGCACGUGAAUGGGCCUCUGUUAUAGGUGAGAAGUUGAAAAGUUAGGAUAUAGAGGAAAAUUUAAUGUAUAUCUGUACGCAAAGAUUAAUUAUUGCUAACGAAAAAUAAUUCUGAGUGGAGUUAGAUUAUGCAUGUUUUUAAAAGGAUUCACGUAUGUUUUAUGUAUAUUUUUUUUUAAACAAAAUUUAUCAUUAUACACUCAGUAUAAUUUUUUUUUUGCUACAAAGUAUGACUUAUAAUGAACAUCCUAUUAAAUUUUUAAACAUUGGUCAGGUCUAACAAUUUUAUCUACAGAGCACCUACCAAAUAAAAAUUACGUAAAAACAAUCAAAAUUGUAUUGUCUAUAAAUAGCUCAAAAAUGGCUAGUCUUUCAAAUAUUUUAGUAUAUCUAGAAAAGUCUAAUAUAAGUUUUCUAUCUAAAUUUCGUAAAUUUUCCCGUUUUUCUACUUUUUCCCAUUUAAAACCGCUUGAAUAAUCAAAAAAUGACUUCUCUACAGUAUCACUCCCAAUCAGAUUUCCUUUCUGAAUGAAAAUUCAUUAAAAAUAAAUAUCAAAAAUAAUUGAAAAUCGGAGCAAGAUUUAUGUUAGAAAAGUUGUUAUACCAUUAUAAAAGUAUAGUUUAGAUACUGUGUAUAAUUUUUAGGUAAUAAUUACCUAAUACCGAUUUUGCGAUUUAGUUAGACAAUAUUUUCAUAACAUACAUUUUUGAAAAUAAUCCCCCCUCAAUCAUGUUAUUAUUAUUAUUAUUUUACGAAAUCUAAAAAAUUAUAAUUAUAUUAUUGUGUCGUUACCGUGGACCAAUAUAGAAUGAGCGAUCGUAGUAGAUUCGUAUUCGGCAACCAACACCAAAACCGCUGUGCGCUGUGCUUGACUGAGGACGAUAGGAAUUUGCAAAGCUCAACUACGGCCGUUUGCCAGCACAACGCCAGCGUCGAGUCGGCAUUACAUUACUUGCGGAAUUAUGGUUCUUCGAUAAACGCUCCGUGCAUGCCACCGACCCCGUAUAAUCCUCAAGCGCAAGACGUUGGCUUGACCCGUGGCGUCAAUGGAGGAGGUUGCUCGCCGCCUGUUUCGCCCAACUACUACACGCUGGCCGAAUUCCUGUUGCGCAUGAACCGCAUGCAACAGGAUCAUAGCAGUCGUCAGACGCGCCCACCAAUAGGUUUGUCCAGGCCGUAUAAACCCAAGUCUGAGAUGGGAUGUCUUCGGGAGUGCGCUUUCUGCAAGAGCAAUGGCGAAACAGCAGAGUUCUACAAGUCGCACUUUCUCAAGGACCCUGUUGGACGUGUCAGAUGUCCCAUACUUCAACGGUACGUCCAUUCAUACUAUUAUUAUUAUUUAUGUUCAGUGGUGCGGGAGAUAUAGUUGUGGCUGCACGGUGUUGAAAAUAGCUAUUGUUAUGUAGUGAUAUAAGAAUGGUGUUAAGUAUAAAAAAAACAGGAAUUGAAUAAAUCUUGUAAAAUCGAAUACUAAGUGAUAGGAAGAGAUUUAAGGCAACUGAAAUAAGGAUGUGUAAAACAAUGUACAAGACGAGAUAGAUAGAAAGGAAGAGUGUUGGAGAAAUUUCAAGAAAGAAAGUGAUUAAUGAAAACGAUAACAUUAAAAAAAAUCAAGUUAUAGAUCACAUCAUCUGACAUAGUGACUUCAUCAAUAACAUAUUUUUAAUGGAAAUACUAGAAAUACUAGGAAAGAAAAAUAGAAGAAGAUGAGAAAAAGAUACUUAGAAGUAAUAUAAGAUUCAAUGAACCGCCAAUCAUUACAUAAAAUAAACGAGGUUGUAAGAGAGAUGUGGCUUCACCGACAAGGCUUGGAUUUUAGAAAUUGAUGCUGAAGAAGGAUGUAUGAUGUAAUUAGUUAGAUAAGAUUAGAAUUUAGUAUAAAAGGUAGCCAAAUAGUAGGUAAACAGGUAGUCUAUAUAGAAUUAUCAGCAAGUAUAGCAAGAUAAACUGGAGGAAAUAGUUUUUGGUCAUCAUGAGGGUAUAUGAAGUAGUGAAGUAGAUGAAGAAAUUGCAAUAUAAAAAGCAAAAAUUAGGGUAAAUGACCUCAAUUUUACGAGAUAAAAGCAAAAAUGGAAGUAAAUGAUUUUAUGUGUAAAUCAAUUUAUUAAAUAAUAAAGUAGGUAUAUUCGUAUAUUUUUUUUUUAUGUAUGUAUUUCUUUUAAAGAUCCCUUAAGAUUGUGGUAGAUAUAUUGUUUAUUUUACAAAAUGCCUACUAUCUAGACCAUAUUAUAAUCAUUGAUCAAUAUUCAAUAAGAUACCAUAUUUAGUAAGUAUUAAUAUUUUCAAAAUUGUUUUUCUUCUAAAUAAUUUAUAAAACAAACAACUUUAAAAUAUUGCAUUGCUGUUAUUUGGGAAUGAAAUCUAAUUUUUAUUUUCCAAUAGCAACCUUUAUUAAAAAUUACAUACAUAUAUGAAAUUUAAGUUUAUAUACAUUAUAGUGUUUAAUUUUGUCAACCCUUUGACAAAUACUCCACUUAUAAUUUUGGGUAGAGAGAAAGUAAUGGAACACACUACCUACCUAUUAAAAAUCAAAAGUAAGAAGGUACAACAAAUAAUGAUGAUGUAACAUUUUAGUGCUGGUUUGUCUCUUAAAUUUUCUGAAAAAAUGAAAUACUUUUUGAGUUAAUGAAUUUCUGAGUGAUCAAUCUUGAUAAGUUACAAAUAAAUGUAUAUGAUUAAAUGCCGAUUGGUUAGACAAUACUUUACAAUCUUUUGGUUAAACAUGGUAUUAUUAGUUUAUUAAUAUUUUAAAAUGUACUUGUAUGCUUGAUGUUUACAUUAACAUUUAAUUCUAACAUGUGCUUAUAAAUAAUUAAAGGUAUCAGUGUCCGUUCUGUUAUGCAACUGGAGAAAAUGCACACACUAGGCGUUAUUGUCCGAAAAAUCCAAAUAAAAUGUGUUUUAUUAAAGGUGAACAAUUUGUUAUUAAGCAAAAUUUGCAGUGAAAAAUA